CCACCUCCGGAGGUGGCGUCCCACGCGGCCGCAACAAGCUGCCGUUGUCCCGCGGGCCGUGGGCCCCGCACACUGGGGCUUUGUCCGGCCCCCCGCCACGACCCACGGGGGAGGGGGACCCCACAUGACCGAGGGGGUAGGAGGAGCCUGCGGCGGCGGCGGCGGCGGCGGCGGCGGCGGCGGCGGCGGCGGCUCCAUCACUUUCCUCCGGGGCCAGGGGUCGGCGGGUGGUGGCAGCGGCAGCUGGACAGGGCUGGGCAGGGCCGCGAACGCAGGGCCCCUAGUCCCCCGUCAGGCUGCAGGCCCUGGGCCUGGGCCAGCCGGGCAGCUGUAAACCCAGCGCUCUCCAGGCGCCGAGCUGGGGGUGCGCCCGGCCACCCGGCCUCUGGAUCAUGGGGAAUGGCAUGACCAAGGUACUUCCUGGACUCUACCUUGGAAACUUCAUUGAUGCCAAAGACCCGGAUCAGUUGGGCCGGAAUAAGAUUACACAUAUCAUCUCUAUCCAUGAAUCACCCCAACCUCUACUGCAGGGUAUCGUGUACCUUCGAAUCUCAAUAGCUGAUACUCCUGAGGUACACAUCAAAAAGCACUUCAAAGAAUGUGUCAACUUUAUCCACAGUUGCCGCCUCAACGGGGGUAACUGCCUUGUACACUGCUUUGCAGGUAUAUCUCGAAGUACCACCAUUGUGAUUGCCUAUGUGAUGACGGUGACUGGACUAGGCUGGCGGGAAGUGCUUGAAGCCAUCAAGGCCACCAGGCCCAUCGCCAACCCAAACCCAGGCUUUAGGCAUCAGCUUGAGGAGUUUGGCUGGGGAAAUUCCCAGAAGCUUCGCCGGCAGCUGGAGGAGCGCUUCGGGGAGAGCCCGUUCCACGACGAGGAGGAACUGCGCACGCUGCUGCCUCUCUGCAGGCGCCGUCGCCAGGGUUCGGCGACCUCCAGCGCGUCGGCCACAGCUUCCUCGGCCGCUUCCGAGGGGCCCCUGCAGCGCCUGGUACCGCGAUCGCCGCGGGACGCCCACCGGCCGCUGCCGCUGCUGGCGCGGGUCAAGCAGACUUUCUCCUGCCUCCCGCGGUGCCUGUCGCGCAAGGGCGGCAAAGCUCACAGGUCUGAGUCUGAAGUGGACUGUGGCUGCAUAAGUAUCAUGGGACAGCUGCUGGCAUGUGGGACCGAGAGAAGGAGAAGAACAGCCUCCCACAGGUGCUUGUGAAGGGGAGAUUUCACUCCCCACCUGUCCAUGCUGCACUAGCCGCUGCACUAGGAAUUGUUUUUUUCUUUCAAAGCCUCAGUUCCACCACAUACACAACAAGGGUUGGAGCAGCCUGAACUACUCAACAUCUUUCAUAUUGCAAAUAUUUCUUGAUAAUAAAAAAGUUCUAGAACCAGG